CUGUGUAUGAAAAGUUAUUUUUAAAAUGACAGAUUCAGUUAAGCAAAUUAGUUUUGUUAUCGGGAACACUGAUUCUCUGUAGAGUUAUUUAAAAGUUGGAUUUCAGGAGUUGGGAAUUGGGAUCCAAGUCCAAGUAUAUAGGAUUUAAACCUUCUCGCAGAUGUGUGUAGUAGAGCCAGAGAAGACAACCAACCAGGGGUCAUCCAUCUGAAAUUGUAAUUGGCUCACCAAUCCAGGACAAAGUUAGAGAUCACAACUCAAGCAUAAGUCGCCUUUUCCUAACACUGCUACAAAGAUGUUUGACAUAAAGGCUUGGGCUGAGUAUGUUGUGGAAUGGGCUGCAAAGGAUCCAUAUGGCUUCCUUACAACAGUUAUUUUUGCCCUUACUCCAUUGUUUCUAGCAAGUGCUGUACUGUUCUGGGAAUUGGCCAAGAUGAUUGAGGCCUGGGGAAAGGAGCAAAAGAAAACACAAAAAUGCCAAGAAAAUAUUGAAAAAGCUAAACAACUGAAAAAGGACUGAAGGAAUGAACAGGCUCCGCAACCAGAGGAAACUCAUUUGGGAAAUUAUGCAGCUUUGGAAGGACCCUGUAGGGUUUCUUUUCUGGAUUUAUGAUAGUAUUUAAUAAACAUAGCAUGAGCAUAUGGAAGAUGUUAGUUCUGACUGCUACUGUAGCAACUUUUGGGCUUCUUCAUAGAAGUUUAUUGACAGUUAUUGUAAAUUGGCAUUUAUUAUGCUAAAAAUUCUUUAUAACUGACUUAGUCAUUUUCCAUUUUGCAGCUUAAAACAUCCUGUGGAGAAAAAAAUUACUUUGGAUUAUGAACUCUAUUCAAAUACUGGCUCAAAAAGGGGUCCUAUUCCAGACAAAGGAAACUAAGAAUGUAUAAAUGAGAACUGUCCUGAGGUGAAAAGUGUGCUUUGGCUUAAAAAGAGAUACAGUUUAUUAAUUACAUCUUUUAUUGUUAUUGCUUAUGUCUUAGAAUCAUUUCUGGCUUUCUCAAAGCAAAAUAUUAUUAAUCAGUGAGUACUUCACUUUCUACAUUUUUCUCAUUCUAGCCUUUGAGAGACUGAUAAUUAUCAGACAUUCUGCCUUUUUAAAAAUCUAAUUUUAUAAAAAAUUCUAUCGAUUGUAUAGAGUACCAGCUACUAACAAUUUUGUACUUAUGAACACUGCCAUUUACUUGGAUAUGACUUGUUGAAUAGAGUAGCACUGUGAUUUAAAGCUUGCAGUAAAAAUGCCAACCCUUAUAGUACUUUGGAACCAGUUUAUUCUUACUCGUGCUAAGAAGAAAUAUGAAGUAGUUAAAAUGUCUUAUCUGAUAAUUUGCUGAUAAUAUAGAUACUACUUUUAAUUUUUAUUCCAUUUUUUGAACUCAUGUAGUGAUGUCCUAUAAUUUCUGAUCAAAUAAGCUCACAAUGAAAAUUAAAAAUUCAUUUUUUUUCCUAAGGAACUCUAAAAGAGUAAGUCAUAUUUCAUAAAUGGUAAAGAAAUGCUUAACAUUUGGAAAAUUUUUGUUUGGUAUA